ACUAAUUACGGCUGUAACGUACUGGAGUCCCCCCCGGAGCUCGUGCCACUUUGCGCCCCCGGCUGCUCUUCAAGUCACUCCUACUGUACUCGAUAGUUGGUUUGGAAUCUCGAGAAUCAAAACGCAGCAUCCACAGCAGACAAGAUGCCGAGCUCAUGUAAAGAAAUAAGAGCCGCGCUGGCGCAAUGCCUCCAAGAGUCCGAAUGUGUCAUGGUCCAUCGCCACACGGCCGCUGAGUGCCUGCGCGAGCCGCUCGUCAACACCCUCCCGCUCAAGUGCCAGCAGCUCAAGAAGGGCUUUGGCGAGUGCCGUCGCGGCAUGAUCGACAUGCGCAAGCGCUUCCGCGGCAACCAGCCCGUCGCCUUCCGCCAGCUCGAGCAGACCGAAAAGACGGGCGAGGGGUACCAGCUGUACGCCGGCAAGUCGGCUUUUGCGGGGACGCGGGGCGAGACAGAUGGCAACGAGAAGGAGCCGCAGGACUGGAGAGAACUGGAGAACCAAAAAUACAGGGCGGCGGUUACGGCGGCAUCGGCCGACAAGUCGACCAAGUCAUGACAAGGACGGCGGUUCCGACGACUUGAGCCGGGCGAGAGCGUGAGAGAGCGUUCGAGAGCGUUCAAGGUAACCUGAUUCUUCUGUAUGAUACUGUACAUGUACGAACUUUACACCAACACCAUACCAAGUGGUCAAAGGCAUGGCGUGCAGUGAAGCUGGCUGGGAUGCAAGUGUUUCUUGCCUCCGGCUCAAUCAAGAUCCCGUUUGGCCUGCUGGAUGGAUUUUGAGAACUUCCUGUUCGUGACCCAAAGAGGUCCAUAAAUGCUCGGGUAAGGGACGACUGGGGCGGGUCAUGGUGUCGAGUCCGGGAAAUCAAGACAAGAAUUGCCAUUCGAGAACGGAUCGAUAACGAGGGAUGGCCGAAGUCCCCCAGACCAACUCGUUUUGUUGCAUACAUUAAAUGAAACCCAUGUUUGCUGCAACUCCAA